AUGGACGGCUUGCAGCAGCGCGGGCGCUCACCGUCUGCGGGGCAGCGCGCUCAUAUAAGGCAAACCCCCUCGCCGUCACCCCAUGCGCCCUUGCACAACAACGUCUCCAGCCUCGAUUUCGAUCCAUCGCAGCUGCUGAACAACCCCUCCAGCUUCGCCGCCACCAACGCCCAGCUCAACCCCGCCCAGUACCUGUCCACCCUCCAGCCGCAGUCCUUCCCUCACCCCCAGCACCAGCACCAGCACCAGCACCAGCACCAGCACCAGGCGCUCGCCGACCAGACCUUCCUCCACUCCAACCCAGCCUUGUCGCAGCACAACACGCCGCACUUUGGGCCGCAGGGCAGCAGCCUCACGCCUGACCACCUCGACAUCACCAAUCCUGGCCCGGCCGAGUUCAACACCUUCUUCUCCCAGACCGACCUGAACCAGCCCCAGGCCAUCCACCCUGCCUCGUUUGGCAACACGCUAGACCCCCACCUGCUCGACGCCUCCCACCCACAGCCACAGCAGCAGCAGCAGCAGCAGCAGCAGCAGCAGCAGCAGCAGCAGCAGAGCCUCUCGAUCAACCCCAGCGACCUGAUGGCCCAGAUGGCUACCACACAGUCCCACGCCCCCACACCGCCACACCUGCUGCCAAACAUGAGCAGCCAGCGCAGCCCCAGCCCUCACGCUUCGCCGCACCAGAACCAGGGCGCCUUCUCUCCACCCAACCACUCGCGACAUGCGUCCUUGGGCCAGUCCUCUCUCGACCCCAGCGCAGCAUACGGCCAAGGCACGGAAUGGGCGAACAUGGCGAACUUUAGGGGGCACAGGAGGACGCCUAGCGAGAGCGCGUACUCGGACAUCUCCUCGGCGCAUGCCUCGCCCUUCCUAGUCACACACGAUAGCUUCGAAGAGACACAACCCUCGCCGAACCUCAACGCGCAACCCGACCCCCAGCUCUUUCAGAAUCCCAUCUCGCAAUUCGAUCACUUCAACUUGAACGACGGCUCGCACAUCAGCCCCGGCCACAGCCCUGCCAUCUCGCCGCGCCUGAUCCCGCAGCAGCAGUCACUUCCACAGUUCAUGCCUGGCAGCUUUGGCCUCGAGUCCAACAUGAACAACCACUUCGUGCAACAGCAGAACAUGGCCGCCUACCAGAAUCAGGGCGCAGAACCGUUCCCCUCGCUGAACGAAUUCGGCCAGGCUGAUACAAUGUCGCCACCCGAGAUCAACAUCGACUUCGCACCGCCCUCGCGACAAGCUAGCUUUGAGCCCCCCAAGCCCGGAUCCACUGCCGAUGCUCUGACCGACACGCUGAGUCCGCCAGAUCGAUCAAGGAGCCGCAAUAGGACACGCGCCAAAUCCGAUCCCUUCAGCAGCGUGAGCUCGCGCGCAUCAACUCCUGGCUCAGAAGUUCAUCGAUCGUUGUCUCCCAGCGCUGCAAAGUCGCGCUCCCCCUCUCCUUCUGGCAAGUCUUCUCGCCGCUCAUCUACAUCGAGUGUUCCCAAUCGUGACUACAUUCUGGAACUCGCCGAUCCCUCAAGACCUGCCAACCCUGCCGACGGCUCCAAUCUCAAGCGCACGCAAAAGCACCCCGCGACCUUCCAGUGUACACUCUGUCCGAAGCGUUUCACCAGAGCCUACAACUUGCGGUCUCAUCUGCGCACUCAUACGGAUGAGCGACCGUUUGUGUGUAGCGUUUGCGGCAAAGCGUUCGCUCGUCAGCACGAUCGGAAGCGACACGAGGGCCUUCACUCUGGCGAGAAGAAGUUUGUUUGCCGUGGUAACCUCAAAGACAACGGCCAUUGGGGCUGCGGCAGGCGGUUCGCCCGUGCAGAUGCUCUCGGUCGUCAUUUCAGAUCCGAGGCGGGCCGUGUCUGCAUACGUCCCCUGCUCGAGGAAGAAGCCCAAGAGAAGGAUGGCUGGGACGGCCAGCAGCAACAGCCAGCGAGCAACGGUAACGGCAUGUUCAACCCCGUACCUCAGAACUUUGGCGGCAUGAUGCAGACACAGCCUGGCUACGAGGCGUUCCCUCAGUUGACACAAGCACCGCAAUCCUUCCUGCCCGCUGCCCUUCUGGUCCAGUACCCUGCACUUGCGACCAUGGACUGGAACUCGAUGCCAGUUGGCGGGCCAGAUGAAGCGGACGAGAUCAGCGGCCGCAGCAGCUUCGACGCUAGCAGUGGAGGAGAGUACUUUGAGGACGAGAGCGACUACCAACAGGGCCAGCAACCAGUCUAUUCCGGAAACAACAGCGGCUGGGUGAGCGAUAGCUACGAUGGGCGAAACUAA